AUGUCCGAGGAGAUUGAGCGGCAUGGUGAGGCGACGUCUGACGGCGGCGCAGGUGGCGGCGGCUCGAGCGUAGCGCGUGUGUUAUUGACCUCGCAUCAUCUCGACGCCGCCUCUGCCGACUCACUCCGCGCCGCAUGGAGAAACCAGGACUUGUACAUUGAUCAUCUCGAAACUUUGAACAAACAGUUGGAAGGCAGCUUGGAAAAGGCGAAAGAGGUAGAAGAUAGGAUAAAACAGCAGUAUGCUGAGUCACAACACAGAGAGAAAGUAUUGGUUAGGAGACUUGCUGCUAAGGAACAGGAAAUACAAGAUUAUGUAAGUCAAAUUACUGAACUAAAAUCUUCACACGCAAGUCUAAAUGGUCGACCUACACUCCUAGAUCCUGCUGUUAACGUACUUAUUCUUAGGUUAAAACAAGAAUUAACGUCAACGAAAGCGAGAUUAGAAGAGACGCAGAACGAGUUAUCGGCGUGGAAGUUUACUCCCGACUCAAACACAGGCAAGAAGCUUAUGGCAAAGUGUCGACUCCUCCACCAGGAAAAUGAGGAUCUAGGUCGUAUGACGUCAAGCGGGCGGAUAGCUAAGCUUGAAGGUGAUCUCGCAUUACAAAAAAGUUUCAGUGAAGAAGUCAAAAAGUCUCAAUCAGAGUUAGACGAGUUUCUUCAAGAGUUGGACGAGGAUGUGGAGGGCAUGCAAAGCACGGUAUUGUUCCUACAGCAGGAGUUGAGAGCGACGCACGCCACAGUGAAUGGAAAUCGGCCUCCCUCGCCGGCAGAGAAAAGGACUUAUUCCGGUAGUGAGUGUAGCGAUACGCCAGUGGGGAAAAGAAGGCGCGCCUCUGUGCUUUCCCUCGACUACAAUGAGGACGAGGAGCCCCUUACCGUAACGAACGGCGAUGCUGACUAG